GAGUUAAUGAGACAAAGUUGUUCCAUCGCUGCCAGGCUAUACCCUGCUGCCACCCAUACAUGAUGUGUCUGUAAAUGAAAGUAUUGACAACAGUCUAACAACACAGUGUGAUCGUGUAUGUUCAUUUUGUUUGCGUUGGUAGCUAUAUCCUGACUAUGACGUAUAUUGAUAACUGGGAAGAGUUUGCAAAGGCAGCUGAACAGCUUUUCUUGAGUAACCCAACAAAGACGAGGUUCGUGACAAAAUACAGAAACUGUGAUGGCAAGUUAGUUUUAAAGAUGACAGAUGAUAAAGUGUGUUUAAAAUACCGAACAGACCAAGCUCAAGAUGUAAAAAAGUUGGAAAAACUAAACAAUAUGUUAAUGAGGCACAUGACAGCUAAAUAAAUUAAAAAUUUAUUGAGGACGUUUUAUUUAUAUUGUGAUGUUUUUUCAAAAAAAUAUCGUUGUAGAUAUUAUAUAUAUUAUAACGCUGGUUUCGUGCCCCGUCUACCGCGUUGGUGAAGAAGUUUCUUUCAGAGCGAGGCACUUUUUGAUGUCUUGUUGCGGAAUGUAAUAUGAUCCAUCCGGUUUGGUUUUUUGGCUUAUUCGGUGGCUGUGGUGACGGAAAUAUAUCUAUUCUAUACUUUUCGCAGUAAAAAAAAAAUCAAAACACGAAUUAGUUAAGCAAAAUGCGAAUUUUGAACAAUCUGAGAUUUUAGCUUUAAAAUAACUAGGAAAUCGCUGAAUUAUAUAAAAAAAUUGUAUUUUUGUCACCUUCUGCUUGAUAGCUUGAGAUAAAAUUUUAGAUUUAUCUUA